CGUAGUAGUAGAAAUGGCGAGCGACGAUGAUGCGAUGAGCGUCACUGAGCCUUCCACUACUACUGCUGCAACAGCAUCGACCCCGCAACUGAGCGGCCAGGAUCAGCCUGUGCCGUCGCCCGCAGCGCAGCACGACCGCAUCCUGGACAUGCGGGACAACUGGACAAUGGUCAGGGACGAGACGGCGAUGGUGAUCUCGGCGCGCUGGUUUGCAAGGUGGGAGCGCUGCGUCAGGCCACUCGAUGCGACGACGGCCACCGCCACCGUGUCUGACGCAGGUGCAGACGCAGACGCUGCUGCUGCUGCUGUCGAGGCCGGCAACCUGGUCCGCACCGCGCUCACCUGGACGGAGGACGCUGGGCUCGCGCUCCGCGGCAUUGUCGGUCCCAUCGACAACAGCUCCAUCCUCACUGAAGACGGAUUGCUUCGGCCGAGCUUGUUGAUGCAGACGGACUAUGAGCUGCUGCCCUUGAACGCCUGGAAUCUGUUGCUGGGUUGGUAUGGUGCGAUUGGCCAUCCUAUCGAGCGUCAGGUCAUUUCUGAGAGCGACCAUCUUCGUGUUGAGGUCUACCCCCUGAAUAUCAUCUUGAGCCCCAUUACGGCAGACACCCCUGAUCUAAAGCCCACCACUUCCGCCACCCGGGCCAUUUCCAAGCAAGCUACGCUCUCCGCGCUGAAAAAGGUGGCAUGCCUCGAGUUCGAUCUGCCCCUAGACGACAGGACUCGCCUUUACUUUGACGACGUGAAGAAACCCCUGGACCAAAAUAUGGAGAAGAGCUCGUUGGCUGCAAACUACCUGUUUGACGGAUGCAAGAUUACGAUUGAGCAGAAGCUCCCCAGUGGCGAAUGGCCUUCCGAUGUGACUCAGCGCGCUCAGCAAGCAGCUGCUGCUCUUCGACCCUUGCCUGCAGCACCGGCCCCGAUGGCCGGCACGCGCAGCUCGCUUUCUUCCUUCGGCAGCUCGUCCUAUCCCACCCGCUCGAUUCGAGCCACCGUCCACGGUGCCUUGGGCCUUCGCAACCUGGGCAACACGUGCUUUAUGAACUCGGGUUUGCAGUGCCUCUCCAACUCGAUGGCGCUGACACGGUACUUUGUCGACGACAGCUACCUGCGAGAUGUCAACACGACCAACCCGCUGGGCAUGCGGGGUGAGCUGGCACAAGAGUACGGCGAGCUUGUGAAGGCGCUGUGGUCUGACAACCCAUCGAGUUCCGUCUCCCCGUUCUCGUUCAAGUACAAACUGUCCAUGUUUGCACCUCAGUUCAACGGCUACCAACAGCACGAUUCUCAGGAGCUGUUGGCCUUCCUGCUGGACGGCUUGCACGAGGAUCUCAAUCGUGUGACCAAAAAGCCGUAUAUCGAAGCCAAGGAUGCCAACGGCCGACCGGAUGCCGAGGUGGCCGACGAAAUGUGGCACAUGCACAAGCAGCGCAACGACUCCAUCAUUGUAGAUCUCUUCCAGGGCCAAUUCAAGUCCACUUUGGUUUGCCCCGUUUGCGACCGUGUUUCCAUCACUUUCGACCCUUUCAUGUACCUUUCGUUGCCGCUGCCUGAAAAGCGCUAUGCCAUCUCCGUCACGGUGGUGCUUCGUGACCCACAGAGGCGACCGAUUUGCGUCAAGGUCCGGGUGCCAAAGGACGCAACGGUCUUUGUGCUCCGACAGGCGCUCGCCGACUUGCUCGAGCUGAGGGCCGAUUCGAUUCUCUUGGUCGAGACGUACCAAAGCAAAAUUGACAGCCGGCUGGAGAACACCGAGCCUUGCGCCGCCUACUUUAAACUGCGUCAUGGUCAUGAGCUGUAUGCGUACGAGGUGGACACGAUUGAGCGGCACCACCACCUGAUCAAUGUGUGCUUUUUGCAGUCGAACUUUGAAACUGACACUGCGGCGUCCGGUCGAUUUGUCGGACGACCCAUUAUCUGCUCUUUUCCCCGCGAAGACGUUUCCGGCGCGGAAGUCUAUGAGGUUGUGAUGACCCACAUGCGUCCAUAUUUCAACAAACAGGACGUCAACGAUGAGGGUUCAGAAAUGGCGACGGAAGACUCGGAGUAUCCAUUCAGUUUAAUCUAUCUGGAUCACCACGCCGAAUUCCCUGCAAGCCUCCACAUUGUUCCAAACGAUGCUACUCCAGUGAGCUGGGCCACCGGGUUCUUUGGGAUUCGCUGGCUCCCCGAUGCACUGGCAGACGCUGGUUUCGACCAAACCCUCUAUCUUGCGCGCGACGAUCAUGAAUCCACCCGUGAGACUUCCGGUACAUCGGUCUCGCUGGGCGAUUGCAUGCAGCUGUUUUUGAAGCAAGAGCAGCUGGGCGCGGACGACCCUUGGUACUGCUCCCAAUGCAAGCAACAUCAGCAAGCCUACAAGAAGUUUGAUCUUUGGCGCGCCCCGGAAACGCUGGUUGUUCAUCUGAAGCGCUUCUCCUUCAGUCGAUACUCUCGCAGCAAGCUCGAGACGCAUGUCGACUUCCCCAUCACCGACUUCAAUCUUGCCGAGUACAUGUGCUCUGACGUGACAGAACCGCUGUUGUACGACCUGUAUGCCGUAUCGAACCAUUUUGGUGGUCUUGGUGGUGGACACUUUCCGUCUCCCCAGCUGAGGCCCGCGUAUGCGUUGAACGAACCUUCUGGUCGCUGGUUUAAUUUCGACGACAGUUCCGUCUCCCCAGCUGAGGCCCGAGAUGCUUUGUCAUCCUCUGCAUAUGUGCUCUUCUAUCGCCGCAAGCGGACUCCGCCAGCGGAAUCCCAGAGCGCCGCCAUGUCCGAUGGUGAAAAUUGA